UUUAAAGGACUUCACAAUUUGAUAUCUGACCAAUUAAGGAUUUUUUUAAUAAGAGAAAAGCCAGAGAGAGGAGGCAGAGAGAGAGAAAAGUGCAGAGUGUCAAUUGCGGCAGUCACCGUGGGAGUGCGAGGAGACAGCCCAGUCCGCGGAGUCAAUAAGGGCGAUUGUGUCUCACUGUCUCUAUCAUAAAACACGCUGCACACUCUGAGGAGGAGUGAGGGAGUGAUUGAGGAGGGGAGUGAGGAGGCGGACACAUUGCGCUGUGAAACACCAUGAGCCAGAGUAGCGCUACCAGCGGCGGAGCGGGAGCAGGCGCUGGCUCGGAAUUGGCAGCGAGUGACACAGCGGAGAUGCCAGCUACAGAGAAGGACCUGGCGGAGAAUGCUCCUUGGAAACGGAUCCAACAGAAUACAUUCACCCGCUGGUGUAAUGAGCAUCUGAAAUGUGUGAACAAAAGGAUCGCGAACCUCCAGACCGACCUGAGCGAUGGCCUCAGGCUAAUCGCUCUCCUGGAGGUUCUCAGCCAAAAGAAAAUGUUCCGCAAAUUUAAUCAGCGCCCGAAUUUCCGACAGAUGCAACUGGAGAAUGUGUCUGUGGGGCUCGAGUUCCUGGACAGGGAGAACAUCAAACUGGUGUCGAUCGAUAGUAAGGCGAUUGUAGACGGGAACCUGAAGCUGAUCCUGGGUUUGAUAUGGACCCUCAUUCUGCAUUACUCUAUCUCCAUGCCGAUGUGGGAUGAGGAGGACGAUGAAGCCAAGAAACAGACCCCGAAGCAGAGGCUGCUGGGAUGGAUUCAGAACAAAUUGCCCGAAAUUCCAAUCACCAACUUCAGCAAAGACUGGCAAAGUGGGAAAGCCUUGGGUGCCCUGGUGGACAGCUGUGCCCCUGGGCUGUGCCCGGACUGGGAGACCUGGGAUGGUACAAAGCCAGUGGAAAAUGCCAGGGAAGCCAUGCAACAGGCUGAUGAUUGGCUGGGGAUCCCACAGGUGAUUACUCCAGAGGAAAUUUUGGAUCCGAAUGUGGACGAACACUCAGUCAUGACCUACCUCUCCCAGUUUCCCAAGGCCAAGCUCAAACCUGGAGCCCCACUUCGGCCCAAGCUCAACCCCAAGAAGGCUCGGGCCUACGGACCAGGUAUUGAGCCAACAGGGAAUGUGGUCAUGAGGAAGGCCGAGUUCACCGUGGAAACCAUCAGUGCAGGCCAGGGCGAGGUCAUUGUCUAUGUGGAGGACCCUGCUGGGCACCGUGAGGAGGCUAAAGUAACAGCGAACAAUGACAGAAACCGGACUUACACAGUAUAUUACACUCCCAAAGUGGUGGGACUACACAAGGUGACAGUUCUGUUUGCUGGGCAGCACAUUUCCAAGAGCCCUUUCGAGGUGACCAUUGGCAAGGCACAGGGCGAUCCCAGUAAAGUCACUGCCCAGGGCCCGGGGCUCGAGCCUGUAGGCAAUGCUGCCAACAAGUCAACCUACUUUGACAUUUACACAGCAGGAGCCGGACUGGGGGAGGUCUCUGUCACUGUCACUGACCCCCAGGGGAAUAAGGACACUGUCGAGGUGCAGCUGGAGGAUCGAGGGAACAGCUCGUAUCGCUGUACAUACAGGCCCCUCGUUGAGGGAAUGCAUAUUGUGACUGUGACCUUUGGAGGCGCACAGAUCCCCAAAAGCCCCUUCUCUGUGUCUGUGGCAAAAGCUUGUAACCCCAGUGCCUGUCGGGCAGUUGGACGUGGACUCCAGCCCAAAGGGGUACGUGCCAAAGAAACAGCAGACUUCAAGGUCUACACAAAAGGGGCUGGUACUGGAGACCUGAAGGUUGUAGUGAAAGGACCGA